UGUGCGGGAGAAGCAUGUUCAACCCUCGGUUCCUCGUCAUCAGCCUGGGGAAUCCACUGCCUAAGUACGAGAGCCUGCACUCAGCCGGCCAUUUCGUCCUCAAUGGCCUCACAAAAGCUCUUCAGCAGCCGUCGUUCCGCGAGGUGACGCUUGGCCGACAGUCAUAUCUGGUGUCUCAGGGGCCAAAGUACAUUCUCGUGCAGUCUCCAACUUAUAUGAAUGUGUCGGGAAGCUUUGUGGCCAGCGUGUGGCAGGAUACAAUCAAGAAGUACGGCGCAGAGUCACUCGGUCUGGUGAUUGUUCACGACGAAUUGGAAAAGGAUAUGGGGGUUGUCAAGCUUAUUCCCUGGGACCGCAGCCCUCGGGGCCACAACGGCAUCAAGAGCGUUAGGUCAUCUCUCUCACCGAAAAAGUAUCCGGACUCGGUCUUUGCUCGCAUUGCCGUUGGCAUUGGCCGGCCCGAGGAACGAGAUGCGGCUACGGUGAGUCGCUAUGUACUCAAGAAGAUUUCACGCGAAACCCGGACAACGUUGGAGGAAGACACUCCUUGGGAUGUUGCAAAGUGCCUCAUAGAACUGGAGAAGCAAUGGAGAAACGAGGUUCAGGGAGGCUCGGCAGGAACGUAGAACCAUGAGUGGCGUUCAUAGACGCCAUGCCCAGC